CGGAAGCGCCGAGCUGCCUGCUUUGUUUUGUUUUGGUGGUUGAGCUGCUGGAUCAGAGACAGAGGGGCAGGAGUCCGGGAGAGAACCGCUCGCUAAAUGGGGAGAGCCAAAUCGGUGAUGGAAGAUGACGGACCAAUAGCUGACGCCUGUAAAAUGCCGAGUUUUAUCAGCACUUUCGAAGAGGGGAGGGUGAAAUUGUCCCGCAACCUGCCGACAGAAACUUCCUUCACGGAAGGUAAAGUUGAGCGGUCGGUGCGAGAUUUGAACCGUCGUGUCAGCAGAUCAAACUCGCUGCUUUCUCUGGACGGAGGAGAGAGGGAGCCACAGGAGGAGGAGGACGAGGACGAGGAGGAGGAGGAGGAGGAGGACGAAGAGGAGGAGGAGGAGGAGAGGGAUGCGGAGGGCAACAACAACAACAACUGCAACAGCGUUGGAGGAGGAGGAGGAGGAGGAGAGAGGAGGAGGUCGAGCGCUGUCGAGAUUCUGAGGAGGAAUUUCGGAGUUUCUAAAUCCCCUUCUCUCUGUUUGAGUACAAACAGUCGGAUGCAGUGCGGCGCCGAGCAUGAAAGUCACGAAAGAAACGUUAACAACGGCGUCACAAACGGCCAUGGAACUGAAUGUGGCGAGUGUCACAACUCGGACCGAGAGACGACGGGCGAAGCGGUGACUAAAAACGAGCCAACCUUGAACGAGUCAACGACUUCUGAUGUUGAAGGAGUUGAAUCCGUUGCCGUUUCAGGUCAUUGCCGUCAUACGUGUGACAGCGGCAGCUACGCAGUAAGUUUAGACGAGUCUUUUAAUGUCAAAGAGCACGUUUAUUGCACUGUUUACUGCAUCGCUAACGACAGCCGCCGACAAGACGUUGAAAUCUCAGACGGAUACGAUGAAACUGUCACACCUGACGCCCAGGAAAGGGAGCUGGAGACGGGGCAGGAUGCCGGGUCGAGUCCCGAACUGGUGCUCUACACGCUGGAUGACUUGGUGGAUCCUUUCGGGGUUAUGGCCCACCGGUUGUCCGCGGAGCAGGCCGGCGCAGAGACUGCGAUGCCAAGCUGCCGGGUGUGCCUGGAAUCGAAAACAAUCACACCCUUGCCCUGCUGCAGGAAGGCCGUGUGUGAUGAGUGCUUGAAACUCUACGUCACCUCCCAGGUGCGAGUGGCCAAGGCUUACAUCAGCUGUCCGAUCCCAGAGUGCAGUGGCUCCCUGGAGGAGGGAGUGGUGGUUUCCCAUUUAGCCAGCGAAGACGUGGCGAAAUAUCGUUACUUUUUGGAGCUGAGUCAGCUGGACUCCAGCACCAAGCCCUGCCCCCAGUGCAGCGAGUUCACCUCUCUGAAGAAGCACAACCCCAACCGUUCCGAGCAAAAGUACAAGAUCCAGUGUAGCAAUUGCCAGUUUGUGUGGUGCUUUAAAUGCCACGCACCCUGGCACAAUGGGCUCAAAUGCCGCGACUACAGAAAAGGAGACAAGCUGCUACGAAACUGGGCGAGCGUCAUCGAGCACGGACAAAGAAAUGCCCAGAAAUGCCCGCAGUGCAGGAUCCACAUUCAGCGCACAGAGGGAUGUGACCACAUGACCUGUACGCAGUGUAACACUAACUUCUGUUACCGCUGUGGAGAGCGCUACAGACACCUAAGGUUUUUCGGGGACCAUACGUCCAACCUCAGCGUUUUUGGCUGCAAGUACCGCUAUCUACCAGAUAAACCGCAUCUGAGACGGCUAAUUAGAGGGUCUGUCUGUGCCACUAAGGUGCUGAUAGCUCCGGUGGUCAUUUUGCUGGUCGUGGUGCUCGGAGCCCUGGCGCUGGUGAUAGGUUUGGUAGUUUUCCCGGUCUACUAUGUGUGUAAGAGGAGGAAGAAGCAGCGCACCCAGGGCUCCGGACGCUGGAUCUGAAACCUGUCCUGCACUUCAUCCAGACCACACACACACACACAGACAUACACACACACACACACACAUAUACACAGAGCUCCAAAAGACAACACCCACAUCUCCUCAGGGACGCACACGCCAGCCUGAGUCAUCGCAGAAGUCUGAGACAAACAUCAGAAAAUGAACACUGGCAAUUAGUGAAGACCUUUCAGGGUUAAUAAAGCGAGACCUGGACGAUCACA